AUGGCUUCCAACGCACCGAGAGAUGACCUUGACGGUGACAUCUUGACAUUCUCGGAACUUGAUUUUGCAAGACUCGGACUUGCGAACAAACAGACUCCGGAUGAAUUCUCACCACAAUUCGAUACCUUGACGGAAGGGUACCCAUUUCCGAUACAAAACAAUCCCUUCCCAGUCGAACAAAGUUUCUUUACCGACGACUUCAAUCUCGACCUCUCAACAAACCUCCAAAACAGCCUACAUGACGAAUUCUGGCUCGACCCAGCGCUAGAUCUUCAACAAUGGCAAACACCACCCUCAAUGCAAACAGAUACGAGUCGCGACAUCUCACCACUCGCUACAGCCGACGAGCGCGUUAGCACACCUGCGCUGACCGGCCCUCCAUUCACAAACAGUUUCGCAGGUCUUCCACCCCUCGAAACCCAACAACAUACCCUCCCACGAAAACGAAGCACAUACUUCCGCAGUCCAGCAAGCCAACCGAUCUCAAUACCCCACACGAACCUCCAGCGCGAUAGAACACAAGCACAAGACCCCAUGCAGAGAUGGCAAGAUUCGCCACCGGAAGCCGAGCCAGCCUCUUUAUCCGCUAUAGCCGACGCCCUCUCAAAAACAACACUACGCAAACGCUCUUCAGCAGGCAGUUUGGGAAAAAGCCGUGUUGGGAGUCGCGCGGGGUCUAUAGGUAGUGCAACCAGUGUUUCUGAUGUUUCUGUCGGAUCGCCUGCAAGACGGAGGACGGGACGAGUUUCCAAGUCGAAGCGGGGUUCUGCAAAGAGCAAGAUAACGGAGAAAAGACGAUUUCCGUGUACAUUCUGCUGUGAUAGUUUCAAGAGCAAGUAUGAUUGGGCGAGACACGAGAAGUCGCUUCAUUUGGAUCUACAAGGAUGGCGAUGUACGCCUUUUGGAGGAACGGUUGUAUCACCGGAUACUGGACAGAGUCAUUGUGCUUAUUGCAAUCAACUCAAUCCCAGCGCAGAACAUCUCGAAACGCAUAACCACGCCAGCUGUCAAAACGACGAAAAACCGCACAUCUUCCGUCGAAAAGAUCAUCUUGUUCAACAUCUACGACUGGUCCACCACAUCAAGACGUUACCUGCUAUCGAUUCCUGGAAAGUCGAAGGACCGCCUAUAAAAUCUCGCUGUGGGAUUUGUAGUAUCAGGAUGGAGACGUGGCAAGAGCGUGUGGAACAUCUUGCGAAACAUUUUCGAAAAGGUGAUACGAUGGAAGAUUGGAAAGGCGAGCAUGAUUUCGAACCACAUGUCAAAGCAAGAGUCACAAAUGCCCUGGCCCCAUAUAUGAUCGCAGCAGAAGAGCGAGCACCCGUCCCAUUCUCGGCUACAGAUCCCAGCUCGAAGGAUCAUUUAUUGCAAAUUGUCAAGAACGCGAGGGACGAAGCGGAAGCAGCAAAAAGGGUCUUUGAAGAGUUGCCACCUCAACAAAUGGAGUCUACAGCGAAGGAUGUCAACUCGCUAUCUUUUCCGGAAUUUCUGGCAUAUCAUUUAGGAAAGUAUGCACAGCAGCAAAUCAGUGUGGGCAUCAUGCCGACGGAUGAGAUGUUCCAGACAGAGGCGAGGAGGCUUGUUUAUGAUACACACGAUCCGUGGGAUCAGACGCUGGCGGAUAAUAAGGAUUGGUUAUCGUGUUUUAGGAAUUGUCAUCUUGGAGGUCCUUCGGGUCAGUAA